UAAGAGUGAAAUGCCAUGUUUGUGUUUCAGUUUCUUCAGCAGUAUCAUCACUACCAGUCCAAUGUGGAGAUUUUCAAACUCCAGCCAGAUAAGCCCAGUAAGGAACUGGCUGAAUUGGUGAUGUUCCUGGCACAGGUUGGGCAGUGCUAUCCAGAACAUCUUGUUGAUUUUCCACAGCAGCUGAAAGAUUUGCUUUCUUACAACCACACAGUUUUGGAUGCCGAUCUUCGAAUGACGUUUUGCAAAGCUCUGAUCUUACUGAGAAACAAGAAUCUAAUAAAUCCUACAAGUUUGCUGGAACUCUUCUUUGAACUCCUCCGCUGCCAUGAUAAACUUCUACGAAAAACGUUAUAUACUCACAUUGUGACGGACAUCAAGAAUAUAAAUGCUAAGCACAAGAACAAUAAAGUGAAUACAAUGCUGCAGAACUUCAUGUAUACUAUGUUAAGAGACAGCAAUCCUACCGCAGCCAAGAUAUCUCUGGAUGUGAUGAUUGAACUGUAUAGAAGGAACAUUUGGAAUGAUGCUAAAACAGUCAAUGUUAUCACAACGGCCUGCUUUUCCAAAGUCACAAAGAUACUAGUUGCUGGCUUGAAAUUCUUCCUUGGGAAAGAUGAAGAUGAGAAGAGAGAGAGUGACUCAGAAUCUGAGGAUGAGGGGCCCACGGCCAAAGACCUCAAGUUGAGAUACGCCACAGGAAAGAAAACCACCAAACACAAGAAGAAGCUGGAGAAAGCGAUGAAGGUUUUGAAGAAACAUAAGAAGAAGAAAAAGCCGGAGGUGUUUAACUUCUCCGCUAUUCACCUGAUCCACGAUCCCCAAGACUUUGCAGAGAAGCUCCUCAAGCAGCUCGAGACCUCCAAGGAACGCUUCGAAGUGAAGAUGAUGCUCAUGGACCUGAUCUCCAGACUAGUUGGGAUACACGAGCUUUUUCUCUUCAACUUCUAUCCCUUUGUGCAACGGUUCAUGCAGCCGCAUCAGCGAGAAGUCACCAAGAUCCUUCUUUUUGCGGCGCAAGCGUCUCAUCAUCUGGUGCCACCAGAGAUCAUCCAGUCAGUAUUAAUGACCGUAGCCAACAACUUUGUCACUGACAAGAAUUCCGGGGAAGUUAUGACUGUAGGAAUUAAUGCGAUAAAAGAGAUAACUGCAAGAUGUCCUCUGGCUAUGACUGAAGACCUGCUCCAAGACCUCGCCCAGUACAGAUCUCAUAAAGAUAAAAAUGUAAUGAUGUCUGCAAGAACUCUGAUACAUCUUUUCCGAUCGCUGAACCCGCAGAUGUUACAAAAAAAAUUCAGGGGUAAACCUACUGAAGCCUCAGUAGAAGCCAGAAUCCAUGAAUAUGGAGAACUAGAUGCCAAAGAUUAUAUUCCAGGAGCGGAAGUACUGGAAGUUGAGAAUAAGGAAGCAGAAGAAGGAAAACUUGAGGAAGAUGGAUGGCAGAGUGCCAGUCUGAGCGAGGAGGACGACGAUGAAGAUGGGGAAUGGAUAGAUGUGCACCAUUCUUCAGAUGAGGAGCAGCAGGAAGUAGCAGAGAAGAUCAAAAACAUGCCCAUAGAGGAACAGAAAGCCAAAGCAGCAGCUGUUAGCACGAGCCGGGUUCUAACUCAAGAAGACUUCAAGAAAAUACGCCUGGCCCAGAUAGCGAAAGAACUCAACUCUGCACCUGGCAAAGCUGCCAAGAGAAAGAACAUUGAAAUGGACAGCAAUGAGGAGCACAGGGGAGAGUUGCUUUCGCUCAGAGAUAUUGAGCAUCUACAUAAGAAGCCUAAAUCAGAUAAAGAAACAAGACUGGCCACAGCCAUGGCUGGAAAGACAGACAGAAAAGAAUUUGUGAGAAGGAAAACAAAAAUGAAUCCAUUCGCCAGCUCCACGAACAAAGAAAAGAAAAAGCAGAAGAACUUUAUGAUGAUGAGAUACAGUCACAAUGUCCGGACAAAAAAUAAACGUUCCUUCAGAGAAAAACAGCUGGCAUUACGAGAUGCACUUUUGAAAAAGAGAAAAAGGCUGGUGAAAUAAUGUUAAAACAACAAAGGAGUGGACUACUUAAUACUUUCCUGUGGAUGCAGUAAUAGUCCUGGAAACAAUUUUUAUAUUGGAAAGUACAGAAUCACUGUACUGAAGAACAGAAUGUCCAUUGCAUAUAACUCUGAAUAGAACUGAUGGACUAUAAUGCUGCAGCACCAAAUGACUCUCAUUUGUACUUGUUGGAGACAAGAGACUUCAAUACACCAGAAGAUCUUGAAUUAUAGAAGCACCCCACGAGGGGAGGGCUAACUAUAACUUACUUUACUGAAUAUAACUUAUUUCGAGUUAAUUGCUAUUUACAGGGUCAUAACCAAUCUGAAUUGCAUUGUUAAAUGUUUUACUUGAAUCAUUCAGGUACUAGGUAAGUAAUUGGACAAAAAAUGUAAAAUCCAUGAACAAUAACUUGUACAUCGAUUAAAACCUAUGUGCCUUUCAUAAGCAUAUAAGGACUUCUCUUCUAA